AUGUCACAGUUAUUGUACCAGUAUUUUUUGAAAAAAACCAACUUAGAUCAUGUGGUUCAAGUAGGACCCGAGGACGAUCCAUAUUUUGAAGAGAUACCGGAAAAUGAGUUACAUUUCUAUCAAAGAAAGGGAGCUAGAAGAAAGAGAAGAUUACCUGAUUUUAUUGAUUCUAAAGAUUUGAAAAUUUUAGAAAGUGUAAAGAGAAAAGCAUAUAGAUUAGAUUUACAAUUGAGUAUAUGUGGAUUUCGAUUAGGAUGGGCCGGUAUUAUUGGGUUAAUACCCGGAAUUGGGGAUUUGAUUGCAGUUGCAUUUGCAUUACAAUUGAUUAAAAAAGCUGAACAAAUUGACGGAGGAUUACCGGCCUCGAUUAGACUGAAAAUGAUGAUGAAUGUUGCAUUUGAUUUUGGAAUUGGUUUAAUACCAAUAGUUGGUGAUUUUUGUAAUAUUGCCUUUAAAUGUAACUCGAGAAAUUUUAUAUUGCUAGAAAAAUAUCUAAUGGAGAAAUAUAGUAAGAAGCUAGGGAUAAAGAUUAAACUGGGAGAAGCCCAAAACUUAGCCGAAAGAGAAUUGAAGCAAACCUAUGAGAAGGAGACGCAUACCAAAAAGAAUAAACCUGAUCUACCGCCUAGAUCUGAGAAUGAAGGUCAAGUAGUAUAA